AUAAAUGGAUACGACUGGCUCGGAGGAGGCUUGCCUGCUUUUCCGCGGGUUUUAGGGGGCACGCUUGCCACGUCUGCGGAUUUGGGAAGUGGGGGUGAAAGCUGGUGAGAUUCCGAGGCUGAAGGAAGCCUUUUCCGUCUCCGCCUUUAUUGCAGCGGCUGGCGUUUUAAAGGCUUGUAAAGUGGAACUCCCAGAAGGUGCAAUUUCAGUGGAAAAAGCACGCUAGAAAGUAAACACAAUAUACUUUAGAGUUUGGGGGGGUUUUCAAAGUGAUUUUGGAUCAAUUCUUAGCAAUGUGCGGUUCUUAUUUGGGCAUCGCUGGAUAAUUUUUUUUAAUGGCCAGGUGCAGGUAACAUCAUGCGGGUUGCUUUUCAACCUGUGAAAAACCCAUCGGUCUAGUAACCAGAAUGGAAGGCAGCGUUUGGAUUCUCUUUGCGACCGUGGCUUUGGCGACGGGCGCGCUCAUCCCAGAACCAGAAGUCAAGGUCGAAGUCCUCCAUAAACCUUUCAUUUGCAACAGGAAGACCAAGUUUGGAGACAUGAUGCUGGUGCACUAUGAGGGCUAUUUAGAGAAAGAUGGCUCACUCUUUCAUUCCACCCACAAGCAUAACAAUGGCCAACCGACAUGGUUUACUCUUGGUAUAAAGGAAGUUAUCCAAGGCUGGGAUAAAGGUUUGACGCAGAUGUGUGUAGGAGAGAAACGCAAAUUAACAGUUCCUCCAUCCCUGGGUUAUGGAAAAGAGGGGAAAGGAAAAAUUCCACCUGAAAGCACACUGAUCUUCAACAUUGACCUUUUAGAAAUCAGAAAUGGGCCAAGAUCUCACGAGUCCUUUCAAGAGAUGGAUCUUAAUGAUGAUUGGAAGCUAUCUAAAGAAGAGGUAAGAACGUAUUUGAAGAAAGAAUUUGAAAGACAUGCUGCACCAAUUAAUGCAAGUCACCACGAUACUUUGGUUGAGGACAUAUUUGAUAAAGAAGACGAGGACAGCGAUGGCUUCAUAUCUGCAAGAGAAUUUGUUUACAAGCAUGAUGAGCUAUGAAGAGUUCUGAAGUAAUUAAAAGAAAAAUAACAACUUGGAAAAGUUACCAAGUUACUCAUCAGUGGGUGCAUAAAUUACAAUGCCUAUUUUUCUACAAGAGCUAUUUCUGAUUCCAAAUGUUACAGUGUUUAGAUAUAAGACUGAAAUAUUUUAAGGUUUUUAUACAGAUGGAAGCAUCAUUAUGUAUUUAAGAACAUGGAAUUAAAUCAUUUCCAGUAACAGAUAUUACUGAAAAGACACUCUAGCGUGGUUUGCUUUGAAGGUGGUGUAUGUAUAUAUUGUGAAUACACCUCUUGUUUAAGUAUUUAAUUUCUGUGCUCUACAAAAAAGAUGCUUAAUAUUUUAAAUGACAGUUGUCACAGUGUGCUAGUAGGUCUCAUUGUUUGUAUAAUCUAUACAGCAACUUUUCUUUGUAGAAAGAUAAAUGUUGCACUCGUGGUGAUUAUAAUGUCUCAUAUAAAGCAACUUAAGACC